UAUUUAAGUGGAGAGGAGUAGAGGUGGGUCCAUUAUCUCUCGAGUUUCAAACUGUGCUAUCGUAGAGAAGAGUAAAGGGGCAAACCCAUUGUUCAUUGAGUUUCAUACUAUGUGCACUAGCCAUCGUGGAGAAGAGUAGAGGGGCGGCCCAUUAUCCAUUGAGUUUCAAACUGUGUACCACUGGCCAUCAGGAAUUCUUGGCUUAUCAAAAAAAGAAAAAGUUAUAUGCUAAUUAUUAUUACAAUCUAAAGCAUAAUGUUGUACAUUACCAGGAAGUUGAAAAAAGAAUGUAAUGGAAAUAUGAAUGAGAGGUGAUGCUGUUACUUGAUCUCCAUGAGGGGCAGUUGUGGGAUGAGAUGUCAAUGGGUUCGGAGUUCUAACUGGCUUGAGGAGCAAAGGUCCAUGCAUCCACUGCUCUGUUGAAGCAGUUCUCAGUUUUCUUAAUAUUUACCAUCAUUUAAAGGAUCUUCACGUAUAUACAUAUAUAAAUUUGGAGCUGCAAGCUGUGGGUCUGGUGAACAGACUGUUUAUGCACUAGGAAUGCCGUAUCCUCAAAAUUUUGAGACAGCGAAAGAGUUGGAGGUCAUUGUGAGGGAGAAUGGAGCUGUACCUGCCACUAUUGCUAUUCUCGAUGGCGUACCAUGCAUAGGCUUGACUACAGAAGAACUAGAGAUUCUAGCACGUCUUGGGAGCAAAGCUCGAAAAACUGCUAGUAGAGACAUUGCACUUGUUAUGGCAGGCAGGGAGAAUGGGGCAACUACUGUCUCUGCAACAAUGUAUCUUGCUUCAAUGGUCGGUAUUCCAGUAUUUGUCACUGGUGGUGUUGGAGGAGUUCAUAGACAUGGAGAGAAUACAAUGGAUAUUUCUUCUGAUCUUACUGAGCUUGGAAAUACUCCUGUAGCUGUGAUCUCCGCUGGUGUAAAAUCGAUACUAGAUAUUCCUCGAACGCUUGAAUAUUUGGAAACUCAACGAGUUACUGUUGCAGCUUAUAAAACCGAUGAGUUCCCUGCUUUCUUCACACAAACCAGUGGCUGCAAGGCACCUGCUCGAGUAGAAUCACCAGAACAUUGUGCUCGAGUUAUUGAUGCGAACAUAAGACUUGGGCGGAAGAGUGGAAUGUUGAUAGCAGUCCCCAUUCCAAGGGAGCAUUCUGCUUCUGGAAGUUUGAUUGAGUCAGCAAUACAGCAAGCACUCCAAGAAGCACGAGAGAAGAAGAUUACCGGCAAUGCUGAAACUCCAUUCUUGCUUGCAAGAGUUAAUCAACUCACCGGUGGAGCAUCUCUAGCGUCAAACAUUGCACUCGUGAAAAAUAAUGCCAGCGUCGGUGCUAAAAUUGCUGUUUCGCUUGCCCAGCUUCAAAAGCAUAGCGAUAAAAGGUUGUAAUACUGUUAUAUUUCGCCGUCCUCCAUAUCAACUCAGCUAAGCAUUUUAAGCUCUUUGAGUCUGAAGGAAGCAGUGGCCUCGGCAAGCAGUAAACAUAGUACUGUAUAUGUAAUAAAAACAGUGUUCAAAAGUACUUAUGCAGCCACCAGAAAGUUGAUGCAACAUCUUUCCUUUAUAAUCUAUUAUUCUA